ACCCCUGAAGCUUCACAGGGUUAGGGCCAACGCUAGCGUCAUCAAUCGUGUGUGACAGAUCUUUGGGGAGGGGCGGAGGAGGAGCCGCCAUAGCCACAGCGCCAAGCAGCAGGAUCGUCGGGCAGCUCUGCAAUCCCUCCGCGCGCUCGUAAUCUUCGCGGCUAUGGCGCUUUUUUCCUGCUGCGCUUAGGUCGGGGGAGCGCAAUCAGCAGCGAUGCACGGCGCGCAGCUACGGCAAUGGGCGAGGUGCUACCAAGCUUGUCGCGAGAUUUGGUACACCAGUAUGAAAUUGAGGAGGAGGAAGUGACUAUGGUGUCGAGCCCAGAUCGACCCCCUGGAUCUCCGGGCGCUCCCCUGGAUCUCAAUUUCCAGAAUGCCAACCAAGUAGACGAGCCCACUCGCUCACUGGACGCUAGAGAGCACCAGGAAGAAUUUUCUCGCGGCUCCGGCAUGGAUUCUCACCUGGGCGAGUCAAACCAUUUUUCCCGCUCAGACAGGGAGCUGGAAAACGCUCUCCCGCUGCAUCAAGACAAGGAAGAUAAGGGGCGGGGUGGCAGGAAAACUCGAUGGGAUCCAUCGCCCACCAAGCAGGGAGCUCAAUCGGAGUCCGGGAACGAUUUAGCUUAUUGUCAAGACAAUGAUCUUGACGAGAGACACACCAUCGGUUCUCGGAGGGCCUCUAUGAUCUCUUCUUCGAGCAGCUAUGGAAAUGGUUACGCGGACCAUGAUUCGAGAAGCCGGAGAUACAAUGACAGCCGGAGGUGUGUGACGAUCCAGGGGAACAUCCGCAAAGAUAACUACUAUAGAAACGAUGUGAAGCCGGGCUUAGAGUACAAGAGCUCUUCGUACGAGCGUUCAGCGGUUUACGAUAGGGGGCCUCACAGAUUUGGUACUAGGAAUGGCUUCGAGCGUCGGGGUGAUUGGUGUGCUUCACGCGGUAGCAGGGAUCAUCGGGACUGGGGAAAUCGCUCCGAGAGUAGAGAGAGCUACGAUGCUAGAGAUCGCAGGUGUGAUCGGGAAGUGUUUGAGCGCAGGGACUGGAUUCGAGGUGCUGAAAGAGAUCGGAGGCAAGUCAGAAGCUCGGAGGAAUGGCACUCGGAUGACUAUCGUAGCAGUAGCGGGCAGUGGGAUUCAAGUAGCAGGUUUACCAGUGUACAAGCGGCGGUCCCGGCAUUCCAAGCGAAUGAAGGAUCGGCUUUUCUUUCCUCUAGUCAUCAUUUGCCGCCUCCUUCCGUAGAGCACGAAUCUUCUACACCUCCGCCUCCUGUGGCUGCCCUGCAGCCUGUUCUAGGUGAUCCGGGAACUCGUGUUCCGAUGGAGAUCGAAAGUGAUGGACAAGAACAGGAAGACCGAGAUGAAACGUAUGAGCCUGGAGAGGUGAAGGACGGGUGGGUGUACAUCAACAAGAAUGGAGACACGCAGGGGCCUAUGGAGCUGGCUGCAUUGAAGCUGCUGGCGUCCAGGGAGUUCAUGCCAGACGACCACCUGGUGAUGCGCUGCGGGACAAACGCCUGGAUCACUCUAGAGCAUGCACAGUCUCCGGACAACGGUUCGUCGGCCUUACAGAAGCUGGUAAAUCCUGUCGCUGCUACUAGAAAUGCAAAAGAUGCUACACUGGUGGAAUCGACCAUCGAUGGAAACGCGCAGUUCCAAAAUGAGUCUUUUGAGUUCUUGGACAUUGACGGAAGGGUGGAGAGAAUACUUGCGACCUGUCGUGCCUCGGACCAAGGAAACGAGCUUAAAUCUGUAUUGAGUGCGUUGGAUGCACAGCGACAACACUCACCAGACGAAGGUUCUGCUCCGCCUGAGCUGAGUAAUCCGUGGAAGGACUCAUACAACCUCGGAUUCGGCGUUGAUGCUGAUUUGGAGUGUCUAGAUGCGGUUCCCAGAGUUGUGCCACCCGAGCCGGUGCCUGCUCCUCCGCCGUCAACCGAGGAGGACUUGCAUCAUCACGAUCACAAUCCAAGUCCAUUGAAGUGGAAGCCUGGUAGAUGGACUUCCAAGGGAGGAGACUGGAAGUUACUUCAUCCGGAUGGUCAGAACUACGUCAAGGUGGUUCUGAAUGAGGGUUCUUUGCUCUGCGAACGUCCGCAUUACGGGGUUGACCCCAGGAGGCAGGUCCAGGUGUCAGAAAGACCAAAGUUUGAACUGCCACAGUGGGCACUUGACAGAAAUCAGAAGGCGGAUUCAAGUGCUGAAACGACGAAAUCAGCUUCGGCAACCAGGCCAGCGAAGACUGCUACCAGGGCUUUCGACCAUGGAAAAGAGAUUGCUCCGGAGAGAGCAAGCAUGGAAAGACCGAGCUCUUUCCUUACGAAGAAGGCAUCUUUCAGCGAUACGCGUCCUAAGACACUGCCACCUGAAAGGCACACACCUUCAGCAAGAACGUUUGCUUCGAAAGCUCAGAGACCGUCUUCAUGCUCUGCAGAUAUCAAGGCUAAAUGCAACCAUGAUCUUGGUAGAGGAGACUGGUUCUACAAGGAUGGAGGUGGUCGCGAAAGAGGCCCGUACUCAUUUGCUGAACUGCAAGCAAUGAUUGGAAGAGAGCUCCUAAUACCGGGUACCAGCGCUUAUAGGAAGAGCGAUGAUCUCUGGGUGCCACUCCCGCGGCCUGAGAUGGAUGAUGGCAACUUCAACGUGACAGAGGUGACCACUUCCAGUUUUGAUGGUGCUCGACGCGUGAGGAAAGUCGUGACCACAAAUAUCCAGCAGACUAUCAUGGCCUUCACCAGCGGCCAGCUACAUGAACACGUUAUGAAGCACUACAAAAAUCAGGUGAUGUCCGCGAUUUUGUUCGAAGGUUUAGAUGCUCGUGCAAAGCUCAUAGAGUCGAACAGAAGGCUUUCAACGUGCUCUACAGUAGCUUUGCUCUCCGGCGAAGAUUCUUGGAUUGGAUACGGAAGGUCUCACCCCUCGCCUUCGAGCUCCAAUGACACAAGUGACGAACGCGAAGAUGGUGACCAAGAUCAUCGUCCCAACAGAAGGCCUUUAUUCAGGUCUAACGGAUUGAGCCAGGAGCAGACUUCCAGAAAACGGCGUCUGGUUUACAAUGACGAUGUAGAAUCGUCGGAAGAUGAACUCCCGACAGGAAGAAGAACAAGACAGCGAUGUCUGAUCCGCAACGACGUUUUUGACUCAUCGGAUGAGCACUUGUACGAGGAGGGACAGAAUAACAGCUGGGAGACACUAGGACAGUUGAUGCUGAUGCGAAUCUACCAUCAUCUUAAAGGGGACUUGAAAUCGCUGGCAUUGAUUUCUAUGACCUGCAAAUCCUGGCGCGCUGCUGUGGAGAAGUUCAAGCCAAAAGUGAAAUGCCUCGAUUUUACGUCCAUCGGAUUGCAUUGCACAGAUGCUGUUUUGUCUUCGGUCCAGCAACAAAAUUAUGGUGGGGGCAACCUGAAGCAGAUACUGCUGAAGGAUUGCACGGUGCUCAGUCCGGAUGCUCUCGGGAAGUUUUUGGAGGCUUGUCCGACGAUUCAAGAUGUUGAUAUCAACGGCUGUGACCAGUUCGGCGACCUUAGUCACAGUUUUCCUCAAGUAAACUGGGUAUACGACGACAGUGAGGUGUCCGACAGUGCAACUCAGGGAAGCGAUGAUUCCCAUCGCAAGAUGAAAAGCUUGAACUCCAUCGGCACUUGUAGCUUAAGUAAGGACGAUGAAGACGUGGAUGAGUCAGAGCCGAUGGACAUAGACCCAUGCUACAGCAACGAGCAGGACAUCGAUUCCAUGACGCAGCACAGUGGCUACAAACGGGUUAAGGUGACCACGGAUAUAAAGGUCCUAAAGGAUAAUGGUUACUUGAAAGGCAAACGGAAAACUACGGUGACGAAGAAGCUCAACAAGUUAAGACGUUCAGUGAAGUCUGUCGUACUGGAUGAAGAAUUCACCGAGGUGGACGAGUAUGCAUGCGAUGUACGCGAAUGGGGUGCGCGCAUGACCAAGGCAGCAAUGGUGCCACCGGUGACCAGGAAGUAUGAGAUUAUUGAGGACUACUGGAUAGUCAUAGACAAAGACUUGGUCGAAAGGAAGAUGAAAGUCGAGGUUCCAGACGACUAUGAGGAGAAGCUAAGGGCUUCAAAGCUGAAGCGUGGUGAAUACAGCCACCUAGACAUUCCUGACAUCAAGGAGUACCACCCUCGAAGAGAAUUGGGGCUGGAAGUCAUGGAGCAGGAGGUUUAUGGAAUAGACCCGUACACACAUAAUCUUCUUCUGGAUACUAUGCCAAAGAUUCCAGCGAUGACACUUCAAGAGAAACUGCAGUUUAUGGAAGAGACAUUGCUCCAAGCCAUAAACAAGGAGGUAAAACAGUUUACCGGUACAGGAAAAGCGCCAAUUGAUUUUUCACUGGAACCCGUCAUACAACGAAUCGUAGAUGACGCUCAAGAUACGUCCAUGCAACAGUUUGCCCAAGGGCUUCUCUCUAACAUGCGCAAUCGUACAAAGGAGAAGUAUUUAGCUUAUCGCAAGGGCCUCGGGGUGGUUUGUAACAAGGACGGUGGAUUUAAGGAGGACGACUUUGUUGUGGAGUUCUUUGGGGAGGUGUAUCCUGCCUGGAGAUGGUAUGAGAAACAGGACGGAUGCCGGUAUUUGCAGAAGAAAGAUAAAGAACCUUUGCCAGAGUUCUACAACAUUUUAUUGGAACGGCCAAAGGGUGAUGCUGCUGGCUACGACCUUGUAGUCGUGGAUGCCAUGCACAAAGCAAAUUUUGCAAGUCGGAUAUGUCACUCAUGCAGACCAAACUGCGAGGCAAAGGUCACUGCCGUCAAAGGCCGAUACAUUAUUGGAGUCUAUGCUCUACGACCUAUCCAGAAUGGUGAAGAACUAACUUUCGACUAUAAUUCUGUGACGGAGAGCAAAGAGGAGUACAACAACUCAAUCUGUUUGUGCGGAAGCCAGUGUUGUCGUGGGAGCUAUCUUAAUCUUGCUAAUGCGGGAGCUUCACAAGAUGUUAUCAAGGAGCGGCAUGGUCUACUGGACCGGCAUGUUCUACUUCUUGAAGCCUGCUGUGAGGGGCCGGUGACAAGGUUGGAGCUCGAAGAGAUGAGGCAGGCGGGUGUUGGAUCUUGUCUUCUGGACGGCUUGCCGGAUUGGUUGCUAAAAUAUACGGCCCGACUGGUGGAGUUUAUGAAUCUGGAACGGCAACUACUGCCUGACGAGCUCAUGAGAAGUGUUAAAAAGAAGAGAAAGGAUGCCGAUUUAUCUUAUGAACUCGGUAGAGUCGAUGCCGAGAACCAGGCCGAGGGUGUCUACAAUCAAAGGCUGCAAAACAUUGCCAUCACACUUGACAAAGUGAGGUACGUCCUGCGGCAACUGUUCACGGAUCCUCGGGAGGCACCACCUCUUUUGAAAAAGCUCGAUCAGAAGGAACUCGUUUCGCGUCUGUGGAGUGCAGAGAAUUCGAUUGUGAACGAGCUGCUUAGCUGUAUGAUGCCACACAUCCCGGCGGAUAGAUUAGCUGAGUUGAAGCGGCAGGUUCAAGAGCAUACGCCAGACGAAAGAGACGACGGGGGAAGCCUCCGGGAGUCACUCUUAUGGCUAAGAGAUACGCUGCGAGGUUUGGAGCCGACAGUGUUGUCAAGACAUGAUGCAGCUGCAGACCUGGUUCAGAUGUACGCGUACACUCAGUGCUUCUUUACGUGCGAGGAGUAUGGCACCUUUGAGUCCCCUCCGAUUGAAAUAAGCUCCCUGGAUCUUGGCAAGCAUGUCAAUCCUCCCUCUUGCCACAAGUGGAAGAAGACGUACAAUAAGGAGUACGUGCUUGGGCAGCUCAUAUCCUGGUUCAAGCAGACAUGCGCUGAUCCUGGUGCCAGCCUUGUACAGCAACGAAGAGGCUGCCUGGUGCUCCCGGAUUUCUCGUCCUGCUACGCCAAGGGCUUGCAGCAAGAUUCUCGGCGUGCGUACGGCUCCAGGUUUCGAGAAGAAAUGUUCCCGCGAAUGGAGCGCUGGCCUCAAAAGCAGUGGCCAAAGUCACAGUUUUGGGAGUUCAAGAGUAACAGAGGGCUGUUUGGGAGUCCAAUGCUGGAUGCCGUGCAGCGACGCGGCUAUCCAGACUCGGAGAUGAUGCAUUGGCUCAAGACGAGGCCCGUUAACUUUGAAGGCCCCUACGACGAUUGAGAAAGAAGAGAGAGCAGGGACGAAAAACAAAGGAAAGAGAAGGGAAGGAGCCACAUCUUGUUUUACGAUGAUUAGCUCAUCGCGGUGGGCUAAUCAUCCUAAAACAAGGAAUGUGGAAACAAGGUUUGUUCUUGUUUUUGUACAGAUAUACAUUGUCCGCGUUUUGUCGUUUGAUUUUUCUUACAUGGUCCCUUUUUUAAAAACGAAUAUUCUCUAGC